AUGUCUCGAAACAUUUUGGAUAAUAGUAGCCAAAGUUUUGCCAAUUUUUCCUAUGCCUUGCCUCCUUCAAAUGGUAAUCGAGGGAUCACUAAUAAUAAUGCUGCAAACGCUAGCAUGAAUUUGACGGCAGCAUCGACAGCCCCAGCCCCAACCGCGUCUGCAACCGUAAGAAUUGUCAACAACACUGUCACUGCUAAUACGAAUCCUUCUAGAGCCUCAUUACAUCGCCACUCCACUUCCAAAAAUUCUAAUUCUACAAAUAUCCCCGGUAAUGGAAAUGCAUUAUUCCAUGAAGAGCUUACCAGAGUCAACCAUUCGUUAUCGGACUUGCGCAAGAAAUAUGAUCUUUUGCACAAAAACUACAUAGAACUACGGGCCCUGAAUGAGCGAUUGACAUCGAGCUUGGAGUCUCAACGGAUGGUCUUUAUAGAGCUUUUACAAACGUUAACGAAUUCCAGUGCUAGAGUUUCCCGACAACUUAGUGCCGCGAGCCAUACGGUUCAUCACCAACCUUCGCAUCCUAAUAAUGAGCAGGCUAAUAUUAACAGUGGGAGUAUGAAUAGUGGAUCAACAGGGUUUGAUCAGUAUCAAAUGUCAACCUUGAUCCCCUCAAGUAUGAUCCCUAGCGGAUAUUCGUCUGCUACUGCUGCCGACCCACUCCAUAUGAAUAAUGGCCAGUUGAUGAAUUUUGUUGCGGCAUAUAACCCGCGUCAACAGCCAGAUCAACAGGACCAUAUUCAGCAGCAACAGCAGAACGUUCAUGUACAACCAGGCCAUCUACAGCAUCAUCAUCAGCAAGAGCAACAACCACAAUCACAACAGCUAGGAUUCCAAGCGGCGGCAGCGGCUUUAACACUAUCAAGAAACUCAUUAGGAACGCACCAACAGGCAGGUACCGGCCCCGAUGCAACAACAGUAAUGGAACAUCUUCAACACAACAAUGAUGACAUAGGCAGUGAAAUCAAUACCAAUACUAAUGCCAAUAAUCACAAUGAUGACCCUACAAGAAUCAGUACAUCGGGCCUUGAUGAAGAUAAUAUAACUAACAGCAAAAAUGGCCAAAGAGUUAGUGCUGAUCAAUCAGCAUCUCGACCUCUGACACCCUCAGUUGCGGCUCAUAAUAGUGUUAGAAGAAGGGCAAGACACCGGAUGACAAGUUCUACUGACCAAGAAUCUAGUAAUGGAUAUAAUACCUCCCAUAAUACCCCGAUAAACAGCAAUAAUAACUCAAACGAACAUAGUAUUGGAAUGGUAUCGAAUCCUUCAUCUCCUGACUCCCCGAGUUUAGAAACCCAAGAACCUCCUGCAAAGCGACACCGUUUGGAUCCAAUAUAUGUUCCACGAAAAUUAUCUGACCAGGUUUCAGAUAUCGUUGACGAGUAUGUCAAUGGUGUACAAGGUGGGCCGUCUAUUAGGGAUUUGGAAAGAACUCGUGGUGCUAAAUGGCGGGGUGGUGCACAUCAUCCAGUAUCUAAAAAAUUUGGGAGAAUGAAACCAAUUUAUGACGCAGUGGAGAAAGGAAUGGCUAUGAACUGGACACUACAAGCCAUUGUUGAAGUACUUGAAAAAGCUAGAGAAUAUGGCAAAGAUGGAAUAACUGCUAAAAGGUCAAUCACAUGGUUGCAAGAGCAUAUCCCGAAAGAGUUAGACAAAGCCAGAGAAUAG